AUGCUUAAAUCUCCUAGGGGCAAGACUAUAUGGGGCUCGGACUCAGAUAAGAGUGAGCUUGACAGCACUCUCGGCCUUCUUCGAGGCAACUUCACCGAUGUUCCUAUAGUCCUUGGAGAAUUCGAUGCCUCUCCGACCAACACUGAACCUGCAGCACGCUGGAAGUAUCACGACUACCUCAUUCGCUCCACGAAGAAGUACAACAUGAGCCCUAUCAUCUGGGACAACGGACUUGAUCACCUGGACCGCUCAUCAGGCAUUUGGCGCGACCCAGUGUCAAUCGAGAUCAUCACCAAUGGGAAUGAGACCAACAGUCUUCCCGACAGCACCGUAGACACCUCUGCGCCAAGCCAGUCGUCUUCGGCAUACAUUUACCACAAAGUGGGAACAGAAGUCACUGAUCAGACUCUCCCCUUCAUAUUUAACGACAACACCCUCGUCUCUAUCCAAGACUCAAAGGGCACCACCCUAAAGGCAGACACAGAUUAUACCGUCUCCGGUUCCAACAUCACAUUCCCUGCCUCGUUCCUCUCAACUUACUACUCGGAAACCAGCGAGCCAGGCCUCCUCCCCAACUUCACCCUCAAAUUCUCAUCAGGCGCAUCCCCCGUCGUCCAACUCGUCCAAUGGGACACCCCGACACUCUCAAAGACCUCCGCUGCUGCCUCAUCUAUCUCCGGAUCCGACCUUUCCAUCCCCAUCACAUGGAAAGGACUUCCUAAACUCGCCACCGUAAAGGCCCUCCUCAACAACGGCACAUACUUAGUUGAUGACUUCACCCAAUGGUUCGGACCUUUUGGCGAAGCCAGAACAGUAAGUCUCCCUUCACUUUGCCCACUCGCGAUAUAUCCCAGAGAGUAUUAA